GGGGAAUUGAAGGUGAUUUUAGCCGUCUCUGAGCUGUCAUGCCGAUGCUGAUGGGGGAGAUACCUGGACGGCAUUACCUUUAAUACUCGGCGCUCCCAGUCAGUCGGACAUGUUGCCUGGGCAACGGCCAUGGCAACUGGCUCAGAGCCCGGGGGGCUGUCUGCUGCCUCUCUCUCUCUCCUUCAAACACACACACACGCAUUUUACAUCAGUUCGUCGCUGGAUGAUGUGGGAGCCGCUGGAGAAUAAAGAGCUCGUACUUUAGAGUGAGGCAGCGCCAGAGCGAAACUCCGUGAGCCGGGCAGAGAAAGAGGAGGGAGGGAGGGGUGUGUUCCGGGAGAGGGAUUGCCCAGCUUUGGCCCGAGAACAGCAUACAAGCGAUGGACAGCAUGCAGGAUGGUUCUCCGUGCGCCUCGGGCCAGUGGCUGGCCGCUCUGCUGCUCAGUCUCUGCUGCUUGUUGCCCACUUGCCUCCCGGCAGCUCAGAGCGUGGAUUUCCCUUGGCCAGCUGUGGACAACAUCAUGGUGCGGCAGGGAGACACGGCCAUCCUCAGGUGCUAUCUUGAAGAUGCUGCUUCAAAGGGAGCGUGGUUGAAUCGGUCCAGCAUCAUUUUUGCAGGGAAUGACAAAUGGUCCGUGGAUCCACGGGUGUCUAUUGCAUCAGGCAGUAAACAGGAAUAUAGUCUGCAGAUUCAGAAAGUAGAAAUCACUGAUGAUGGCCCAUAUACCUGCUCCGUCCAGACCCAGCAUAAUCCUAAGACAUCACAAAUGCAUUUGAUAGUACAAGUUCCUCCAAAAAUUUUUGACAUCUCUCGUAGCUCUGUCGUGAAUGAAUUCAGCAAUAUCACUCUGUAUUGUCUAGCAAGUGGAAAACCAGAGCCCACUAUAAUCUGGAAGCAUAUAUCGCCAUCUGCAAAAGAUUUUGACAGUGAAGGUGAAUACCUUGAGAUUACUGGCAUUACCCGGGACCAGGCCGGCAACUAUGAAUGUCUCGCAAACAACGAUGUAUCAUCUCCAGAUACGCAAACAGUCCACAUUACAGUCAAUUACCCUCCCGCAAUAAUGGAAAUUAAGAGUCCUGGAAUGGCACUGGGUAAAGCAGGAUUAUUACGAUGUGAAGCUUUAGCAGUUCCUGCAGCAGCCUUUGAAUGGUACAAAGGAGACAAAAAGUUGGCCUCUGGUAGGCAGGGGAUUCAAAUCAAGAACUUCAGUACCAGAUCAAUUCUCACUGUUACCAACAUUACAGAGGAUCACUAUGGCAACUACACAUGCGUGGCUGCUAAUAAGCUAGGAACAAGUAGUGCCAGUCAUUUUCUAUACAUGCCAACCACAGAGCAUUAUUGGACCACCGGCAGUGCAGAAAUUAUUUUAUCCUGGUGGUGCCUGGUCAUGGUAUUAUCCUGUCUGGUCAGCAUAUACUAGCAAAAGAGGGAGUGUGCAAGGUGCAGUGAACAAAAAGAACCGUGAAGAAGUUCAAGAAUCUCUUCCAAGUGCUGGGAACUGGAUACAAUCUGGUACAGUUCAUUCACAGAAAAGUGUGAGAAUCAACUAGCAGUACAAACACAGGGAUGUGAACCUUUCCUAGGAUUACUGAUUCUGUAAAUGUCUAAAUUGUAUUCUUUUCAGGUUAUCAUCAAGUUCUCACAUUGAACUCAUUGUCCCGUAUCACGCUUUGUAGGCCGUGGAAGUUACUUUUUAAGAACAUGUAAUUGUAAUAUCUAGCAUAUAAGCUGCAAUGCUUCACAAACUAGGUUAAUCCCACUUAAGGUGCUGAAUACAUGCAAGAAAGAUUUGGCACUAGCAUGCAAUUUUGUAACCUGCAAUAUGAUUUAAUCUUCAUAAUUGUAGCAUAAGGUCAGCAGGCAUUCAACAAAAUUGGGUCUCUUGCAUCUAGUUUCAUAGUUUAAGUGGAACUGUUUAAAGUCUUAAAACAAGGAGGUACACCAGUUGUUUUGACAGUUGAAAAGACUGACAAGGAAAGCAUCCAUCUCAAAUAAUUACUUUUCAAAAUAUUAAAAUGAAUGCCCAGGGAAAACCCUUUAACAUACUCCAGUUUUCUUCUAAAAUUCCAUGCAGUUGUAGAAUAAUUUAACAGGGGAAAUUGAGAAAGAAUAGGUCAGUUGUCUAUCAUGCUCUUUUAUUUUUCUCUUUCACUUCACUCCCACACAAACAUUUGAAGUGGCAUUUCAGAUCGGGGAUCUCAUUUAAAGAAAUGGUUUUCACUUCAUUUUUAAAAUUUCUUCCAUCGAAUUUCUGUCUUGUUCCCUCCCAUUCUUAUUCUGGAAUGAAUAGGGAGGAAAAAAGCUAGAAAUGUUAGAAAUAUGAAAAACAGUCAUUUUAGAAAAUAAAUAACAGGUGAAGCAAGGAAAGAUAGGGUAACAUUUUAACUGGGAACUUCAUGUAAACUGUUCUAUUCUCAAGGAAAAUCUCAACCACAACAUCAGCUUCUCUUUCUGGUUGCAACCAUUGCCUGUUUUAUUGCAUUGUAGAAUAAAAUGGCAUAAAGCCAUGAUUAUUAUUUCACUUUGGUUUGUAUUUAACUGGUGCCCUGCUUAUUCUCCUAGUUUAGAAUGCAAGUGCACGGAUUCUGUCUGACUGCUUUUGUGGCUUUGCUACCUAUUUUGUAGACUGUUUCUUUAAUGGCAUUUCCAUGUAUAGGAUGUGACCUGUAAGAAACUGCAGCGCAUCAUAACCACACUUGUUUUUAAAUGAAAGUUAACAUAAAUUAUUAUUAUUAUUACUUCAAAUUCCAGCUCAUCCUAGUGCUUGGAGAGGGUAAAAAAUGGAACCCCCAAUUUACAUGUUCCAAGACUUUAGCAUUCACUUAACUUGACCAGGUGGCUGCACAUGGAGAUGCAGUGGAAAGUCAAUCUAGGCAUCAAUACAUCACAAAAAUAAUCUGUGCCAAACCCUGUAGCCUUUACAUAUGCCUAGCAAAACUUUAAUAGCAUUGUGCUGUUGGUAAGAUCUGUGUUCAGAUAGCAUUUCCAGCACUAAAGCAUGCAACAUGUUAAGAUAUUAAGUUACUCCAACAAAUUUUUGCCUGCACAGAACCUAGAAUAAUGGGGAAAUAAAGACAUGUAGCUGUUAUUAAACACCAGUAACAACAAGUAAUUAUUCAAUUGUACAUGGUUUGUAAGAUCUGGAGUUCACAACAGGUAGCCAGCAAAAUGGAAUUCCAUGGGGAGUACUUUUAAAAAUAUUCUCCAAUUACAGUCUUGAUUUAUUAAGUGAAAUUGUUGUUAUUCAAAUGUUUAAUUUUUUUGUUCGCAUGGCAGAUAUUGUGAUAUGAUGCAGUUCACGGCACAUGGUAUCAUUUGUUUGUAAUGCCAUCAUGACAUGCUGAUGUUCUUCCCCAAUUCAAUGAUCAGAUUACCCCUUCUGUGCAUUAACUGAAUGUUGGAACAUUUGGCGAACUUAAUGUUCAUAGUGGAUGAGGAGAAUGAAGCCAAACGUCUGUGAAUCGUUUUCAAUCAUGGUGACCUCAAGUGUAAUGAAUGAUAUAUUUCUGCUGCAGUUUAUAUGAAGUCCUGUGUUUGGCAAUCUUAUUUUGGUUUACUAACACUUUUUUGUGAAGAUUGUACCCCUUUAUGUUUGUGUUUGUGCUAUGGUUCAACAUGAUGAAUCUGGUUGACUAACUGUGGUAGUGCACAUGGUAAACUAGUUUAUAACCGCCCUGCGACAAAGGUAUACAGCAGAUCAAAUAUACAUUUUUCUGCAAAAAACCCUUCAGAGAUAUGAUAUCAACUUUAAACUUCAAAGUAAUACUCACUGCUGCCCCCACGAUUUGAAAGGUUGAAUGUGUGAAAUAUUCGUACCAAGCUCAUGCAAACUGUGGUGUAAAAAUAAAGUUGAAAUAGACCAGAACCUAUGAAGAAAAUGCAGUGAUGCAAUUAGCUAAUGUUUGUUGACUAGCAUAAUGGAAAGGAAAAACAUUAUGGGAGGUCAAUAUAUUUUAUCAAUGAGCCAGUAUGAAAGUUCUGUAUCUGUAAUCUUUAAAAUUAUGCCUUAACAUUAUACACUUAUUAAGAAUUGUUUUAUAUACAACCAAAGUUUGGAAGGAGGAAAUUUAUCAUUGUACCAAUGGAUGUAUAUAAUUGUUCAGGUGAGCCUUGAGUGAUUCAUAGUAUGGAAAUUUCACGAAACAGUGAUAACGUUUUGUGGAAAUCCCAGUCACAUUAUUUUGCAUCUCUGAAAUCUAAAGCUGGUGUCAUAUCUGGAUCAAUUGAAGAUUGUUUUUUUUCCAGAAAAAAAGGCUUUUCUUAAUAUUUCUGAAAUGACCUGACAAUGUCUUGAGUUCUGCUGCCUGCCUGGGCUGCCUGUAGUGAUUUGUGACGUGGAAAAUAUUGUUUACAACAAUAAGGCAGAUUUUGCAUUCUUAAUGAAAUUUCGUCAGUGCUAUUAAAUCUCCUUAUCUUGUGAGAUUGUCCAGUUACAAUCCAUCAACUUUAAUAUGUGAAGUGUUUACAGAAACUGUGUGCUGUGCAUCAAAAAUAGAGUGCAAAUAAGCUAAUGUGUUACAAGAUGGUGAGUAAAAUAGUACAGUGACUUACUUGUUUGCUAGCCAAAUGCAUUUAAUAGUCAUAGAUUAAAACACUGACAUACAGUAGCACUGAUUUUCCAAAUAUUAUUCUCCAAUAGUUUUGUAUUAUGCUUUGAAUUUUUCAAUAAAGACUUAUUGAUGGUACAAUAAAGGUAACCAGGCUGCAGUCAACACU